AUGGGCUCCUUCUUUGCUCCCAGCCUCCCCGGCAUCAAUAUCCUUCGACUCCACACAUCCAUGUACUUCCAGUGCUGGGCCGUCAUGUGUUGCAACGUUCCUGAGGCCAGGGUCUUCAAAGCUUCCAGAUCAAACAAUUUCUACCUGGGCAUGCUGCUGCUCAUCCUCUUCCUGUCCACAAUGCCUGUCUUGUACAUGAUCGUGUCCCUCCUGCCGUCCUUUGAUUGUGGCCCCUUCAGUGGCAAAAAUAGAAUGUUUGAAGUCAUUGGAGAGACACUGGAGCAUGAUUUCCCAAGCUUGAUGGUGAAGAUCUUGAUACAGGUUUCUAACCCCGGACUGGUCAUUGUUGUCGUUUUGGUGAUGGCUUUGACCACCAAUUGUCUCAAUGCUGCUGCCAAGGGCCAGAAGGCAGCAAAUCUGAAUCUAAAAAAAAAAGAUGAAAAGCAAGCUUUGGAGAACAAAAUGCAAAACAAGAAAAUGGCAGCUGCACGAGCAGAUGAAGCUGCCAAAACAUUAAAAAGUGGUGUACUGUACAUCAAACACAUAGCAGUGCAGUUGGUUUUGUCUCACUGUCCUUUCAUAAAACGAGCAGUGGUCACAGCCACUGAGGAGCUGGGUGUGGUAAUGCCGGUCUGGAGUCCUCGGUAUUCAGAUGGCUGA